AUGUUGGCAAUGCGGUUAAUCUCUACGCAAGAGGUCGCCCGGCAUAAUACCCCCGGCGACUGUUGGGUUGUCAUCGACGACCAGAUCUGGGAUGUCACCUCUUUUUUCCCUCAUCACCCCGGUGGCCCUGAGGUGCUUGUGCAAUACGCCGGUCAAGAUGCGACCACGGCUUACAACGAAGUGCACAGCCCGGGUGUAAUCGUCAAAUCGCUUUCCCCAGCCUACUUGAUCGGCAAGCUCGACCCAUCGUCAAGAGACGACGACUGGAAAGAUAAUAAGUCAACACAACUAAGCCAGCCUCAGGCAAAUAAGCCACCACUCAACGCCAUCCUCAGCAGUCAUGACUUCGAGGAUGCCGCGCGGAGCACACUGUCGAAAAAGGCGUGGGCUUAUUAUUCUAGCGCUGCAACAGAUACAAUUUCUCAUCGAGCCAACCAAUCCUUCUUCAAUCGCAUUUGGUUUCGACCGCGGCUCCUGCGGAAUGUUUCUACCGUGAGCACGAGGCGCACUGUGCUGGGAACGUCAUGCGAACUACCCGUCAUCGUGGCCCCGGUUGCAUUGGCCCGUCUGGCGAAUUCGAUCGGAGAGAAGGGGAUUGCGGCGGCAGUCGCAAAGAAAGGAAUUCGAUAUUGUAUUCCAAUCACGGCCUCCUUCCCCGCAGAGGAGAUCAUUGCCUCGGUCCCCAACUACGAAUACUUCUUCCAGCUGUACGUCAAUAAGGAUCGGUCUGCAUCUGAGGAUAUUCUCCACCGGAUCUGGGGUCUGGGUAUCCGCACGCUCUUUGUGACCAUCGACACCCCAGUUCCCGGGAAGCGCGAGGCCGACGAGAGGGUUGCCGCCGAGGGAGUGAUAUCCAUGCCUAUGACGGGCACAAAGUCCAGCCAGGAUGCCAAGGGCGGUGGGAUCACCCGGACCACGGGAUCUUUCCUUGAUGACACGCUCAGUUGGAACGACCUUGUCUGGUUGCGCACGCAUUGGAAAGGAAAGCUGGUGUUGAAGGGUGUCCAAUCGGUCGAGGACGCGCUGAUGGCCGCAGAGACGAAAGUAGAUGGGAUUGUCCUGAGCAACCAUGGUGGACGGAACCUGGACACCUCCCCUCCAGCAUUACUUAAUCUCCUCGAACUGCAACACCACGCUCCACACGUUCUGCAGCAGACCGAGGUCCUCAUAGAUGGCGGGAUCCGACGGGGCACGGAUAUAUUGAAAGCCAUUUGUCUGGGAGCCAGGGCCGUGCUUAUAGGGAGACCGGCAAUGUACUCGCUGGCCUACGGACAAGAGGGAGUGGAAUACUGGAUCGAUAACAUUGCCUCAGAAUUACAGGUUGCAAUGAAGCUUGUUGGGAUUACGGAUCUGUCGCAGGCUCGUCAAGGUCUCGUCAAUACGCAGGAUAUCGAUCAUUUCGUCGUGCGGACAUUGGAUGAGAUUUAUGAGAGGCCGCGUGCGAAAAUUUAA